AUGAUGCCGGAGACGAUUAGAUGCAUUUCAGGGGUGGAGCCGGGGGCCGUGCUGGCCAAGCAGCAGUACUCCAACGGUGUCUCACAGAGCAUGUUUUCCCCCUUUGAGAAGUUGAAGGACAAGAAGUGCAUGAUUGCGCCGACACUGCUGAAAGGUGUCACCAUCGCCAGGCUGUGGGGGAGUGCCUUUGCCAACAGUUCUGACUUUCUGAAGCGGUACCACUACAGACGCAAGGAAACUGACCUACAUGUGGGGAAGUGGAUGUAUAUGAACGACAUGGGCAGCGGGUAUCGUACCGUGUCGCUUGUAACUGUGGUGGACGUGCCCAGGGUUGGAAGCCUGACGCAGCUGAACGAGGUCCACCGGUUCGCGUACACAAUGUCCUCCACCGGGACUGUGGCGCUUGCGUAUCAAAUUUCUUCCCAGACCCCAGGUGUUCCCGCGGGUCAGUCGUUCCGUACGGAGGCCUUUUUGGAAAUAACAGCGGACUCACUCAAUGGGGACUGCACUGUGGGCAUCUGGGGUGGGUGCAAAAAAAUGAGCUUGGCAUUUUCAGCUAUCCAAUACGUGGUGGUGCCCAGGGCGAUUCGGGAAAUGACAAAUGGAUACCGAUUGAUGCUCCAAAUGAUCUCAGAGGAUUUAGUGGGUGACGGCGUCAAGGUCAGCGCCGAGGAUGAGGACGGGAAUGCAGGCAGUCAGAGCGAGGGUAAGGAAAUGGAAUAUGAUGAUGCCGGCGACGGGGAUGCUUCGCAGGCGCCGAGUGUGCUGUUUCAGGGGCUUAUGCUGAUGCUUGCCAUUAUUGUCACGGUUUCACUUCUUGGAUCCAUGUCAACACUUCGAAACGCCUUUCGAAUAACAAACAUGAUUUCAGCCGAACUUGUUGAUGGCGACGCACGUGGAGGUUUAUUAAGCAGCUCUCUAAACUCGCCCCGAUCCUCUGGGACUGAGUCUGUGCUAAGUCCAUUAACACAAGACCAGGCACUUCGGUACGCGGCUAGAGAUGCGCAAAUUCAGUCGCUUCGCUACCGUUGGGUAGAGCAACGUGUCGCCAUACAUGGCCUGGAAGUUAUUGUUGGACGCCUGUGGUGGAUGAACAUAUUUCAGUUGCUCUUCAUGGGGCUUUUGGUGCUGAAAAUGUUUGUGUUCUGA